UGUCGCGUUCGGCUGCAGAUCGGAACUUUCAUUUGGAUCCUAAAUACGCAAGGCGAAGAAUUUUGCUGUCUGUCGAGCACUUCGAGCACGCGUUCCAAUUGGAUUCAAAUUAGAUUUAUUGAAAUGUUGCCCUUUCGUUGGGGCAUGCUGCUAGGCGUGUUGCUGUUUAUAGCCUACACAAAUGGAGCGGCUAUUGAUCAAUCAUCUGUGGAUGAUGAUGCGGAGCUGAAUCCCCUGACUGAAUUAGAGCGCACUAAGAGAAGCGGCAGAGGCUAUGUCCGAGGACAAACACAGUCUCAGUACUUAAACUUUGGUAAGCCCGAGGAGGAUGGCAAAGCGGAAGCGGAGGCCAAUGAGGGUGGAUCGCGUUCAACUGUUUCCGGUUCCCAUGGCAUGGGUCAAGCGCAAAGCCAGUUCUCUGCUGGAGAUUGCAGUGACUGCACCGGAUAUCGUACGGACUACUCAGCAGGCUCUAACCUAUACCCAAGUGGCCCCAGUGUAGCUGGUGGUCGUGUCGGUAGACCCGAUGCCAUUAUAAAUCUACCAGGUGGAGCUGGAAGACAGCCAGGAAUAGGAGGCGGUCAACCAGGCUAUGGAGCCCAACCUGGAACUGGGGGGCAGGCAGGAAUCGGUGGCCAACCAGGCUAUGGUACGCAGCCUGGAGCUUACAAUCAAUUUGGCCAACCUGGGGUAGGUGGCAGUCUACCUGGAGCGGGAGUCAUAACUAAGCCUGGUAGUGGAGUGUUUCAGUCUGGUCAGCCCGGAAUCGGUGGAAGUCAGCCCGGAGCCGGUAGAGGUCAGCCCGGAAUUGGCGGACAGCCCGGAAUAGGCGGUGGUCAGCCUGGAAUCGGUGGGGGUCAACCUGGAAUCGGUGGUGGUCAACCUGGAAUCGGUGGUGGUCAACCCGGAUACGGAACUCAGCAAGGAGCUGGCGGACAACCCGGAAUCGGUGGGGGUCAACCUGGAAUCGGUGGUGGUCAGCCCGGAAUCGGUGGUGGUCAGCCCGGAAUCGGUGGUGGUCAGCCCGGAAUCGGUGGUGGUCAGCCCGGAUACGCAACUCAGCAAGGAGCUGGCGGACAACCCGGAAUCGGUGGGGGUCAACCUGGAAUCAGUGGUGGUCAACCUGGAAUCGGUGGUGGUCAGCCCGGAAUCGGUGGUGGUCAACCCGGAUACGCAACUCAGCAAGGAGCUGGCGGACAACCCGGAAUCGGUGGGGGUCAGCCUGGAAUCGGUGGUGGUCAGCCCGGAAUCGGUGGUGGUCAGCCCGGAUACGCAACUCAGCAAGGAGCUGGCGGACAACCCGGAAUCGGUGGUGGUCAGCCUGGAAUCGGUGGUGGUCAGCCCGGAAUCGGUGGUGGUCAACCCGGAUAUGUCACUCAACCCGGAGGUGGCGGACAGCCCGGAUUUGGUGGUGGUCAACCCGGAUACGCAACUCAGCAAGGAGCUGGCGGACAUCCCGGAAUCGGUGGUGGUCAGCCUGGAAUCGGUGGUGGUCAGCCUGGAAUCGGUGGUGGUCAGCCCGGAAUCGGUGGUGGUCAACCCGGAUAUGUCACUCAACCCGGAGGUGGCGGACAGCCCGGAUUUGGUGGUGGUCAACCCGGAUAUGCAACUCAGCAAGGAGCUGGCGGACAACCCGGAAUCGGUGGUGGUCAGCCUGGAAUCGGUGGUGGUCAGCCCGGAAUCGGUGGUGGUCAGCCCGGAAUCGGUGGUGGUCAACCCGGAUAUGUCACUCAACCCGGAGGUGGCGGACAGCCCGGAUUUGGUGGUGGUCAACCCGGAUACGCAACUCAGCAAGGAGCUAGCGGACAACCCGGAAUCGGUGGUGGUCAGCCUGGAAUCGGUGGUGGUCAGCCCGGAAUCGGUGGUGGUCAGCCCGGAAUCGGUGGUGGUCAACCCGGAUAUGUCACUCAACCCGGAGGUGGCGGACAGCCCGGAUUUGGUGUUGGUCAACCCGGAUACGCAACUCAGCAAGGAGCUAGCGGACAACCCGGAAUCGGUGGUGGUCAGCCCGGAAUCGGUGGUGGUCAGCCCGGAAUCGGUGGUGGUCAACCCGGAUACGGAACCCAGCCUGGAGGUGGCGGACAACCCGGAAUCGGUGGUGGUCAACCUGGAAUCGGUGGUGGUCAACCCGGAUACGGAACUCAGCAAGGAGCUAGCGGACAACCCGGAAUCGGUGGGGGUCAACUUGGAAUCGGUGGUGGUCAACCUGGAAUCGGUGGUGGUCAGCCCGGAUACGGAACUCAGCCUGCAGGUGGCGGGCAGCCCGGUGGUGGUCAACCCGGAUACGGAACACAGCCUGGAGUUGGUGGACAACCCGGAAUUGGUGGUGUUCAGCCUGGCUAUGGAAUACAACCUGGAGUAGGUGGACAAAUUGGAAUCGGUGGUGGUCAACCUGGAUAUGGAACUCAGCCUGGAGCUUGGGGACAACCAGGUAUAGGCGGUGGUCAGCCCGGAUAUGGAGCACAGCCUGGAGUAGGUGGACAAAUUGGAAUUGGUGGUGGUCAGCCUGGAUAUGGAACUCAGCCUGGAGCUGGAGUACAAACAGGAAUUGGCGGUGGUCAGUACGGAUACGGAACGCAGCCCGGAGUGGGUGGUGGUCAACCAGGCUACGUAGCUCAGCCUGCAAUUGGUGGCCAGCAAGGAAUAGGCGGUGGUCAGCCAACAUAUGGAAGACAAACAGGAUAUGGAGCUCAACCUGGAGUGGGAGGCCAGUCAGGAAUUGGCGGGCAACCUGGAUACAGCACUCAGCCUGGGUACCAAACUCAGCCUGGAUAUGGAAGCCAACCUGGAGCUGGACAGCAAGGAAUUGGUGGUGGACAGCCUGGAUACGUUUCUCAGCCGGGCGUAGGAGGCCAAGCCGGUAUUGGCGGAGCAGGGCAGCCAGGCAUUGUAGGAGGCUAUACUACCCAACCUGGUGUUGGUGGACAGACAGGCUAUACUAGUAGUCGACCGGGAUACGUUACUCAGCCUGGAACUGGUGGGCAAAUCGGGGCUGGCGUCGGCCAACCUGGAAUUACCGGAGCUCAGCCUGGAGUAGGAGGACAGCCUGGAAUUGGAGGAGGUCAACUUGGAUAUGAAACACAGCCUGGAAUUGGAGGACAACCAGGAAUCGGAACUCAGCCAGGAGUUGGUCAACAACCCGGAAUCGGUGGUGGUCAGCCCGGAUAUGGAGUACAGCCUGGAGUUGGUGGACAGCCCGGAUACAGAACUCAGCCUGGCGUUGGCGGACAGCCCGGAAUCGGUGGCGGCCAGCCUGGAUACGGACCUCCACAAGGCUUUGUGGGACAGCCUGGAAUAGGCGGAGGUCAGCCUGGAAUUGGAAGCCAAAUUGCUGGUCAGCCUGGAAUAGGUAAUAUUCAGUCCGGCACAGGUAUUAGUGGUCAGCCCGGAAUCGGAGGUAGUCAGACCGGAGGGGGUCAAGUUGGAUACGUAACUCAGCCAGGAGCAGGAGGCCAACCCGGAAUCGGAGGUGUUGCUGGACAGCCUGGAAUUAGCGGAGGUCAGACUGGUUAUGUAACUCAGCCCGGAAUUGCUGGGUACGGAAUUCAACCCGGCGUAGGAGGUCAGCCUGGAGUAGGCGGAGGUCAGUCUGGAAUAGGCGGAGGUCAGCCUGGAAUAGGGGGCGGUCAGCCAGGCAUUGGAGGAGGAGCAGGUCAGCCUGGAACUGGCACUCAAAUUGUGGGCCAGCCCGGAGUCGGUGGCUACGUAACUCAACCUGGAAUUGGAGCUGGGCAAAUUGGUACUCCCGGACGUUACACAGAUGUAGGAACAGCCAUUGUCCCUGGCGGUGGUAUUGGCGUCCCUGGAGCUGUUGGCACUGGCGCUGCCGAUGAUGCCUUCUCACAGGCAGAGUCGGCUAUUGGUGAUGGCCAAGCAUCAGCUAGCGCUCAAGGCAAAAAGAAUGGAGGUACUGCUAAAACACAAGUGUCUGGCAGCUACAGUAAGGGCAGUUCAUUCAGUGCAAGCGCAAUGACAUCUGAUGCCGAUCGUGCUGCAAGUGCUCAGGUGACAGGCAAUGCGGAUGGAGCAAUGAGUCAAUCUCAGGGCUCCGGAGGUCCAUCUCAGUCCCAAGCUCAAGUACAACUUAAUGGCAAGGAUGGUGGUACUAAGGCUUCAUCCCAAAGCGGAGGUAUCAUACACCAGAGCCAGAGUGAAGUCCAAGCCAAUGAUAAGGGCGGUCUGGCUGAUGCACAAUCGAGCGGACCUGGUCAGACUUCAUCGCAAGCACAAAUCGGCUUCCGUCCUGGUCAGGAUAAUACCCAAGUGAAUACAGCAGGCGGUGGACAAGCGUCAGCUCAAUCCGGCAGUCACUCGGGUCAAAGUCAGUCCCAGAUACACGGCACAUCCAGCUUUGGAGUGUCCUACCAUGGCGCUGCUCAAUCUGCAUCGGGAACCAAGGAACAGGUGGCCACGUAUCGCGAACAGAAUAGGGAGCUCUUUAACACCAUCAGUCAGUUUGGAAACACUGGAAAUGCGGUUACGGAUCGCGUUGACGCAGUCUUCAGUGGCCCAGCCGUUGCUCCCGAAUCAGAUAGAUUACCCGAAAUUCAGUUGAAGUCUUCAAAGACUAGCAAAGAAGAGGCUGACAAAGGGGAAACCAAUAAGGAGGGCGAGACACAUCCUACGCUAGCCGAGGAUGAGGAAUCAGAGGAUGACGACGAGCCAUAUGAUGAAUACGAAGAGGAAGAUUAUUACAAUGAAAAACCUGUGAAACUUGAAGAGAAUCCCUCAGCUGCUAGCCCAGUCAAAGACCAAGCGCCUGGCCCACUGACUUCAUCUGCACCUGCUCCACUGACCUAUAUGCAAUCGUCACCCACUCAGAAGCAACAGGCGGUGGUGGCCAACCCGAACGGAGGCCAGUAUCGUGUGGUGCAAAAUCAAAAUGGACGCGUGAACACAUAUCCGAUACGCACCACCACCGAAGACGUGCCCAGUGGCUUCCGUGGUACAGUCAAUGUGGAGAAGAAGUUCCACACCAAAGCCCUGGAGCUGCACAGCACUGAUAAAAAGGUUGAUAUCAGUCUGGAGGAUGUGGAUGCCAAGUCAUCCAAUGGAGCCGCUCACAAGCCACGUGCACCUGACAGCUAUGUAACAGUCACCAAGUCAGUGACUGGCAGCAUGGACAACUCAAAGAACCCGCCCCAGGAGAACAAAAACUUCCAAUCCACAUACUAUACGAAAUCGUCGACGUGCGGCUACUUUACCUUCACCUGUAAUAUUGUUCACGGCGCAAAUGGACGUAGUAAAAUCUGUCGUCCCAAGACGCCGUCGAAUGGCAAGUGCUAAGGAUGCCAUCAACAAUUCAAUGGGGCUCAAAUUCUAAUCAGCUAAAGCUAACCACUAACCUGUUUGUAUUUGCCGCACUUUGUUAAGCAUUUAAGUUUUUGCUAAUAAUAUUAGAGUUUUACUCUCAUUUCAUACUUCGUACACAAAUUCAAAAUGUAAUUAAUAUUUAAUAAUAAUAAUAAUA